AAUUAGUUUAUAAAAAAAAUAAACUGUCAGUUUUUCUGUAGGUUAGAAAAUGGAAAAUUUUCGAGUUUUUCUUUAAGAUUUUGGGAAAGACGUUCAUAUUUAUAUCGAAAAAAGAACGCUAAGGUACUUUAUAAACUUCAGUCAUUCAUCACUAAUAGCGCUCUUUAAUUAGUGACUAAAGUAAAAAUGAACUUUUACGUUCACAUUUUACGGCAAGCAUAUCAAAGAAUCUAGGGUGCAAAAUGGCGUGUUACUUUUUUUACUACGGCUUGUAAACAUCGUUCACGUUAAAUAUUAUUAUUUUGCUGAGAUAGGCCUUUAAUUAUAUAUAAAGAAACAGUGGUUAUCGAAUAGUUUGUGAAUGUAUUUUACUUCUAGCUGUUUUUAGACUGAUGCUUAGUACGAUAUUAUGAAGGAAGUAAUUUUAGCAAUUUUAUUACUUUUGUGUAGCAUAUUUUUAGUUAUUGGUUUUGUAUUCUUCUGUAAGUAAUAAUUAUUUCAUAAACUUAAUGACAACUACAAAGUAUGGAAGUGAUUCUUUAAAAAUAUAUUUUUGUUACCUUUGUUCUUUGUUCCAGGUUGGUAUAUUGUAUGGAAGUGCUGUCUUUCAAAGUUUCGUUUUGUCAGGGAGUUGCUUGGUGUUCAAAAUGAAUAUCCGUUGUGCACGCCCUAGCGAUUUAAUGAAUAUGCAACACUGUAAUCUGCUUUGUUUGCCUGAGAAUUAUCAAAUGAAAUAUUAUUUCUACCAUGGCCUAUCUUGGCCACAGCUUAGUUAUGUAGCUGAAGAUGAAAAAGGACAUAUUGUUGGUUAUGUGUUGGCCAAAAUGGAGGAAGAUGGUGAAGAUAACCGUCAUGGUCACAUUACAUCCCUGGCAGUGAAAAGAUCACAUCGUCGACUUGGUCUUGCUCAAAAAUUAAUGAAUCAAGCUUCACUAGCCAUGGUUGAGUGCUUUCAGGCCAAAUAUGUUUCCUUACAUGUAAGAAAGAGUAACAGAGCUGCACUGAAUCUUUAUACAAACUCCCUUGGCUUUAAGAUUCUUGAAAUCGAGCCUAAAUAUUAUGCAGAUGGUGAGGACGCAUACUCCAUGAUGCGGGACCUGAGUGCAUUUGCAUCAGAUAGCAAAACAGACAGUCAAUCAGAGAAUUUGGAAAUCAAGUCUGAAUCUGCAAUAGUAUCACAGUGUUAAUAGGUUUUGUAAACUGACCAUUCAAUAGAACUACUAUUAAACUGUAUUUUAUAUAAAUUGUGUUCAUCAUUUAUAAUCAAAUAGGA